AUGGACACGUCGCCUCCCACUUCCAUCCCGCGUCUUCGCCUCCCGUGUCACACGCUGCAGUACCAGAAUCAGGCUCUUACCCCCAUCGCCAGCCAGUCAACUCAGAACAACGACUUCCUGCGCGCCGAAGAUGACAACGAAGACGCGGGAUCGACGUCGCGCAUAGGCGCAGCAUCGAUCCCUGACAAGUCUUCUCCGAAAAACACGAUGUCCUCUAUCCCCUCCGCCGACAACCCCACCGCACGGCUGCGCGCUCUACUCGCUCGCGUCCCCAACUCCCCUGUCAACGGCGCGCCAUUCAUGUCUACAUCUCGACAUAUGUCGUUCCAUUCUACGUCGGAUAUUGAGUCCGACUUUGAGCCUCCUCCAUCCACGACUACCUCUAGCAAUGUGCGUGAAAGCUUGAAGGAACUCUUUUCACACACGCUGCGCGAAGCCGGCAACACGGCACGGAAAACAUCAAGACCACGCCGGAAUAGUAUCGAUGGGAGUGAGGUGGAGUCUAACACCCCGAAGUUUGAGGAGCGUGUGAGGCAUAAGGCGAGCAGGCAAGUUCUCAGUGAUGAGGAAGCGGACAAGUCAAGUGAGUCUCUGCGGUCUGCCGCCUCGACCUUUGACACGUUGCAACAGCGCCCGAACCGGUCUACCUCUGCCUUGCCUUCGCUUUCCGAUGACGAAAUGGUCAUCAACAUGUCCAUGUCUUCCCAGAACUCCCCUAUCCACCGGACUGCAAAGCCACCCACCCAUCCUCCCAAACACGAUGGCUCGCAUCGCCACUCAUGGGCCUCUCCUGGCGGCGAGCCAGCGAGCCCGUCAUGUCACGUCAGCUGA